UAUUAUUUUUCACUUUUCAGAAUGCCAAAUUGGGACUUUCAAGUCGGAUAUCGGUACAACGGAAUGCUCUCCGUGCCCAGCCAAGAGCCAUGCAGACACAGUAGCGGUAACGAGAUGUACUUGUAUCCCAGACUACUACAGAGCGCCAGGCGAAGAAGCGUCAUCUCCCUGCACAGCACCCCCAUCAGCACCCACAUCCCUCACUGCGGUAGUCGACGAAAAAUCAUCCGUCGUCACGUUAACGUGGCGCAAUCCCGAAAAUCUUGGCGGCCGGACCGAUAUAGACUUCAGAAUCGACUGUAAGCGAUGUCCGGCAGACGUCCAGUUCUCGUCCAUCCAGCGAAUCGGUCAAGGCUACGAGGUCAACGUGAGCAGGUUAUCUUCGCAUACGACGUACGAGUUCAAGGUGCAUUCGUACAAUGAGGUCUCGAGCCAGGGCACGGUGGAUAAUUAUGCUGGCGUCAACGCUACAACCUUCUCCUCAGUGCCUUCUGCUGUGCGAGACCUCAAGGUGGUGGAGGACGACGUCAACGACGAGUCCAUCAAACUGAGAUGGCGCCAGCCGCUCUUCCCCAACGGCGAGAUCACCAACUACCAGGUGAUCUACCGUACGAGCGCAGAGACGCAGGAGAACGUCAAGUACCACUACCAGGCUGUCCUUGACGGUGAGGUGCAGGAGACGACUGUCCAUGGGUUGGUGCCAGGAACAGAGUAUGUCUUUGAGGUUGCAGCCAAUACUGCGAGUGGGGUAGGUGCCUAUAGCCAACAAGUAUUAGCUACUUCAUCAGGUUCUGGGGGUCAGUCUGUGCCAACUGUUAUUCUAGCGGCCGCGGUGUCGGCCAUCUUCAUCAUUGUUGUCUUGGUAGCCGUGGUCAUCUUCCUCGUCUUCUGGAGAAGAAAAUCCCUGAAACAGUUGAGAAAGGGCAUGUCUCAAACAGGCCCCGACGCCUCCAAAGCUCGAUGGAAGGCCAAGCAGCAAUUGUACUAUCAGAUCUCUACUCUACCUCCUAGGAAAAAGGAAGUACCUCCCUCAGAAAAUGGCCACCUCAUAUAUGCCAACGGCACUAAUGGUGAAGCAAUCACCUUUGGUCACUCUACAGUUAUCCUGCCCCACAUCAAGAAGGUCAAGACCUACGUGGACCCCUUCACCUAUGAGGACCCCAACCAGGCCGUCAAAGAGUUCGCCACCGAGAUCGACGCCACGCAGAUCCGGAUCCUUGAAGUCAUCGGUGGAGGCGAAUUCGGAGACGUGUGCAGUGGACUGAUGCUUAUGCCGGACAAGACGACCAUCAAGGUGGCCGUCAAGACCCUCAAGACGGGCGCAACGGACAAGGACCGCUCGGACUUCCUGUCGGAGGCCUCCAUCAUGGGCCAGUUUGACCAUCCCAACGUCAUCAAACUCCUGGGUGUGGUCACCAAGACGAGACCGGCCAUGAUUGUGACGGAAUUCAUGGAAAACGGUUCACUAGACAAAUACUUGAGGGAAAAUGACGGACGAUUUACAGUGACCCAACUACUUGGAAUGAUGCGUGGCGUCGGUUUUGGAAUGCGAUUUCUAUCAGAGAUGAACUUUGUGCAUCGCGACCUCGCUGCUCGCAACAUCCUGGUGAAUGAACAUCUUGUGUGCAAAGUAGCGGACUUUGGGCUGUCGAGACGCAAGGAGCUGGAUGGAGCCUAUGAAACAAGGGGUGGGAAGAUCCCUAUUAGGUGGACAGCUCCUGAAGCGAUCGGAUACAAGAAGUUCACGUCAGCCAGUGAUGUGUGGAGCCUUGGGGUAGUGAUGUGGGAGAUCAUGUCGUACGGAGAGAGACCCUACUGGAAUUGGCCAAACCAAGAUGUUAUCAAAGCAGUUGAGAAGGGUUACAGGCUGCCCCCUCCCAUGGAGUGUCCGGAGGCCAUUCAUCAGCUCAUGCUAGACUGCUGGCAACGAGACCGAAAUCACCGUCCAACCUUCACUACCAUCGUCUCAACGCUGGACCGGCUCAUCAGGAAUCCCAAUGCACUCAGGCCUCUCGCCAAAAAUGGGAGUCCACUUGGCCUCAGCUCGAGCCUGAACGACCUGAGCCGUUUCAACUCUGUCUCGGACUGGCUUGACAGCCUCAAGAUGGGACGCUACAAGGAUUCCUUUACAGCAGCAGGCUACGUCCGGCUUGAGGACAUCGCCAGACUGUCCCAGAGUGACCUUCCAAGGUUAGGGGUCACGCUGGCCGGACAUCAAAAGAAGAUCAUGAAAGGCAUCCACUCCAUACGAGCCCAGUUGGAGCAAGCAGCCGAGACCUUGGUCUAACCCCUGAUCCCCGACCCUUCAACUCUUACCCAACCGAACACUUCAAUCAGAACUUUAUAUGCAUAUAUUGAUGGAUGUGUUAGGGCAAUGGGUGUCUCCCCUUGGGACUUGAACAAAGCAAAAAGGGAUUCGUCCUACCAAGCUACAUUUCCUGGACUGUUGUGGAACAGUCCCAUUGUAGUCGACCCCUGAUGGUUGUCGCGAGGACCACUUGUCAGAGGUCUGGUCUUACUCCGAUAGUGGAGCUACCGAAAGCCCUGUGAGACUUCUCCAGAUGAACUUCUAGAUGUGGGACAGCCUCACACCUAAUCAACCUGGACAAGUGGAAUGUUCUUACAUUACAGAACAUAAUCUCUGAAAAUGCACUGUGAGGACUUAAAAAAUGCCUGUUGCAAUUGGACAAAAGCAGUUUACAAGGAGAAGAUAAAGGACUCGAUGAACUCACUGAGAUCUAGAAAAGAGAGAGAGAGUCUCUCUGCGAUAUGCUUAAGCAUCAAAUGUGUGGUCUUUUGAAUCUUUCAGAACUAAUGCGCUCACCCACAAAGCAACCAUGUUCAUGUAGACAACCUGCAAUCCUAAAUGCUGCAUCUUCCCGUAGUUACGCGGCAUUCCGGAGCUGUUCCCUCUAUCCGUCUUUCCCGCAAGAUACGGAUUAAGGUUUCAGCAGAACUCCCUAUCACACGUACCUGAUGUUUCUUUGUUCGCUAAUCGAAUCCGAGUAAGCAAUGUAAAUCGAAAGAUUCCUAGUAAAUAUUAGAUCAUGUGAAGGGAUCGUCAGAAUGGUUGUGGCUUUACGCCAUGUUGGGCUCUAUACGCAGCGAGCAUCGAGAGGAAAGAUGAGUGUCCUGAUCGAGGAAAUAUAUUGUAGUUUGGCGAUUGAGAGGCAUUUCUAAAAAAAGAUGUAAAGGAACUCAUCCUUAGACCGCUAGUUCUCUGUGCAGACUGGAAAUUGAAUCAAGCGCACAGGGAUGCAAGAUUGAUGAAAGUAUUCAGAAGUAGAGUCAGAUUCAGAUGUUGCACUGCCAGUAUGGAUUAUGUAAAUGGACAAAAGAAAUGAUAUCACUCUUUUAGAGUCUAAAGCACUGAGAAUUGGUACAUAUAGACACCCAAUCCUUCUGCACUUGGGCUGUUUUCAAACAAACAAAAAAAGAAAAAAAGAAAAUGCAGUAACAUAUUUUUAUACCACACACAUUUUUGUUGUUUAGGUUUUGCCCACCAGGCGUUGCUGUUAAAGGCACUUCUGUAAAUUCAUACUCACAAGCAAACAGAAUGGCACUUUAUUCUAUACCCAAAUCCGUCUAUUUGGCAAAUUUUAAGAGAAGCAAAAGGCUUUUCCACAAGCACUGUCAUUUAUGCAGCUCUUACAGGGUAACUAUUUGAAAGAUUUGUGCGACACUGAGUUGUUUUUUGAAAUAGAAGAUAUAAAAGUGUGUUCAAGAACGUAACAAAUCUGUCAAAUAUUAAUGUAAUCGUCUCGUUGAUUGUAUCACUUUUGAUGAAAUUGAUUAGACCAAUCUUUGACAAGAACCAAGCUAUGCGAGUCGUGCUAAGAAAGUGCUACCACUCUUAGACUUUAAGGAGAUAUUACUCUCUCUUUGGAUGGCGUUGUAUUUAUUUGACAAGUAAAUCAGAGAUGAUUUAUGUACAAUUUCGAUGUAGGAAAAAACUCAAGAAAUGGACAAUCAUAGAAUUUUAAGUAUUUCAAGCAUAAUGAACCUUGUGGUUAUAUUUUGUCAUUUGAACUGUAUAUAGAGAGCUAAUUGUGAUAUGUGUUAGGGUGCAGGGUUCUGCAUCCAGAAAUUAAUGAUUAUUAUGUUGACUCUUUUCCCGCUCGUUGUAUUUUUCAAUUAUUACUUAUUUUAACCAAAAAAGGGCAUGAUGCUAUCUGUUUUAUAACGCUUCGUUUUUAUAAGAGAUGUUCUCUCUUUCUCUCAACCUAAAUGUAUAAUUUGUUCAACUCAUGUUUGUGUGGGGAAAAAAAGAUGUUUUAUAUUUGUGCAACACAUGUAAUCAAGGAGCGUAGUGUAAUUUUAAAAAAAAAGGUUGUGUGAUUUUCUAACAAUUCUUUUAAAAAGGUAAGAAUGUCCUUAUCCAAAAAGAGGGAAAGGAGAAAGACAAUUUGUGCUAGAAUGAAAUGAAAUGAUGUACCAAAUUUUCUAAUGUGCCAAUGCGAUUACUGUAAGGUCUGAAAAUUGUAUGAAAAAGAUGUACAAGACUUGAUUCAUUUCUGUUUUAAACGGUCUAAUUCCCAGGAAUUUUACAAGUCCUGAGGUAUUAUCCCAUAAAUAACCAAUGCUCUCAAGCUGUGAAUUUGAGAUAAAUCCCCCCAUAUAGGUAAAUGGAACAUCUCGUCUCUGUACCCCCACAUGUGGAUUCUUAUGCGAUUCCAAGCUAAAUUUGGGCUAGUCCACCUUCGGUUGAGGGGUGUGUGAAUAAAUGGUUUGUUUACUUGCCAGUACUAUGAAGUGUAACUGUCUGUUUUUAAACCUCCUUUGGGGAAAUUUAAUUGUAUAAAUGGAACUAAUUUUGUGAUCAGAAAUCAAGAUUUUAAAGUAAUUUAUUGUAAAUUAAAGUAUUUUGCAUAGACAAUCAAGUAAUAUAUUGUAUUUUGGGGAAAAUCAUAGAUUUUUCAGGAUAAUGUCAUUUUUUCUGUCUAGUUUUGUAGUAUCAAGUAAACUGUCAAGUAAUACAUGUAGCAGCUUUCAUGUGAGAUUACAUGUGGAAGACGCAUGCAAAGUGUAAACUGUGCUACAAUUUUAGCAUGGGCACUACACUUCCAGACCACGGCUACUUUCACACUGAAUAUAUUUUUACGUCAGAUUGAUGUAAUUCCACUUCUCCAAUGACAAUAUAGUAAUUACACAAGAAUAGGCUGGUGUUGAUAUUUGUUUCAUGAAAAAUCAUGAUAAAAAAGAAAUUAAUAACGAGGUAACUUAUUUUUUUAGAAACUGAAAUGAUAAUAUGGAAGUACAUUAUGAGCUAUAAGCUCUCUUGAAAAAUGAAAUUGAAUGGAUUGAAAAUAUUUUGUAUGAGCUUGAAAUGAAAAAAAUAAAAAUAAAAGAUCUCAAAGAUCGAUAUAUAUCCCUGUUAUUAGGGGCAGAUUAAAUCAAGCAAUUCUUCAUUGAAUUCCAAAAACACAUUGCAAUUAAAUGUGGUAAUUUUUUACUGUAAUUUGUAAUAAUAAUUUCCCCUUUUUUAUCUGUGAAUACUCCGAGAAGAUAUUACUACAUAUUUGAUAAUUUCAUUGGUGUCUACCUGUUGUUGUUCUUGUCAAAAUUCAUUAUUCUGUUGGUAAUUUUGCAGGAAUGUAUCGAUGUUUUACA